CUUUGUUCUUUUUACAAUAAAAACUUCAAUCCUUUUCUAGUAGUAAUAAACAAUUAAACGCAGUAUAUAGAUUAAGUCAUUUGCCCAGAACUGUUUGGCCCAAACAAUAGAUAUUUUGUAUAUCGAUUAUUAUUUAAACAGAUACCUUUUCCCCUCCUCCUUCUUCUUUAUUAUACUUUAUUACUUAAUCUAUUAAUUCAUUCUUUCUUUCAUAAUUACAUACUUUCUUUACUUGUAAAGAAAAAAAAAAUAAUACAUAUUUUAUAUAUUUCUUUCAUUAAAUAAUGACUCAAACUGAACAAACUUCAUUACAAAUAAAUCAAAAUAAUCAUGUAGUAUCUGUAAGUAAAUAAGAAGAAGAAGAAAAAGGAGAAGAGGAGAUAGAAGGACUCCUCAUAUAGAUAUUAAUCUUAUAAUUAUCUUUAGAUGCAACCAUUAUUUGAAAGACUAAUUAGUAGACAGUUUUCGGAUAGUAUAUCUGCCAUUGCUUAUUGUCGUGAACUUUGUGCUGAAUUUGGGUUUACUGUAAAACAAGAAGCUAGUGCAAAUAGGAAUAUUUAUGUUUAUUGUUCAAGAGAAGGCUUACCCGACUCUCAACGUAACCCAAAGCCAACACCUCAACGUAAACGACCUUCUAAAAGAUGUGAUUGUCGUUGGCGUGUUGUAUUAUCAGAGAAUGAACAAGGUAUAUGGAUCUUUCGUCGAUCCAUGAACCCGAAUGCCUCUGACCAUAACCACGAAAUGAUGUCACCUGAUGAAAUGGAAAAGCCAUGGCCACCUGUUGUAACUGAGCUUAUUAACAAAUUAGCUGGAGAAAUGGAUGAGACCAACAAGAUUCGAGAAAGAAUCAAACAAGAAUUUCCUUACAUUAUUUGGAAUGAACGUCGUUUUUAUAAUCGUUUGACUGAAGCUAGAAAGCGUAUUAAAUACAUGAUUGCAGUUAAGAAUGCUCGAACCCUUUUACCACUUUCUUCUCGUCUUUGCUCUAUUGUAGCUCAUAAUAAAGCUUGGGUAGAUACGGUGACGAAUGACUUGCAACGAAUGCUUGAUCAGUACCUUCAACUGGCCAAUAUCCCAACAGAUAGUGUUGACAGCUUAUGUGAUCUUCAAUCGAAUACAAUUGAACCUGCUGAACAUAGUGACAGUACGAUAGAUAAAUAUGAGCCCGUUUUGAAUAGUACUCACCAACAAGAUAAGGAUGACAUACCUAGUUCACCAUCGAAAAAGCGAAAAGCGUCAGAUCGCACUACUACAAAUAAUAAUGACACAACUGCUGCUACCACUACUACUACUACUACUACCCAAAAAGGUUAUACAAAAGCUAUAAAGGGUCAUGAAUCACAAAAAGGAGUUCAUAAAAUUCAUGUCCCUAGUUAUACAAUUCAAGUACCUAUUCCUCCAUCAAGAUCAGCAAGCAUUAAAAAACGUGUUAACAACAGUGGAUCCUCCCCUAUCUUAUUAGAAAAUCAUCGCCACCCUAUACAUCAACAAUCGGGUGCUAGUACAUCUCUUUUUUCUUUUACUUCGCCUUCUUCAUCCACUUCUUCUUCCUCAUCCUCUGUUCCUCUUCAACAACAAAGAUUUUCGAUCGCUCCUCCUCCUCCUCAACAUCAUGUUUCUCAAAGAAUGUCUUCACCUCAACCUGUUCAUGAUUUCGUUAUCUCAUCUUCUGGACACUAUCAUCAUCCAUCCCAACAUCAAGAUAACCCCAACACAGAUUACAAUACUCAGUCCUCAACUACUACUACUACUACUACUACUGCUAAUAGUUCUUCUUUUGUACCUUAUACUAUCUCCCAUCCAUCCGCUUUCACAACAACAUCCUCAUCUGAAUUACCCUAUGAUGACUCCUUUGAAGCUGGUCGUUCAGUCAUUCAAUCAGGGCAGCAGCAAGAAGAUCCUCGUUUAAUCACUCAUCACAACUAUUUUAUCACUGUAAAGGAAGAAUCCAGUAGUCGGGAAAAAGAGCAUGAAGCCAUAUUGCGUCAAAACCAUCAUAUACAUCGUAAUAGUACACAUUUUAAUACAGGGUAUGCUUUGCCAAUGAUUCAAUCUAUGGAAGACAGUGCAAUAAAAGAGGGAAAUCAUUGGAAUUAAAAUAUUAAAAAAAAAAAUCAUCAUUUUAUGAUAUUUAUGGCCUUCUAAAGGAAAAAAAAAAAAA